CGUGGUUCCCGGGACAACAAGGAAUGGUUUACAUAUCCAGCUUCCCCUGCCUUCUAGGAUCUUCGCAUCCUAAUGCAGAGUGCUAGAUGCUUCUUCACUGAUCUGCUGGCUGGACCCAGGCCUGCAGCUUGCCACACUGGUACCCUGCCUGACCGGGAAGAAUUUGUGCUGCGAGCCUUGUGACCAUUUUUCGACUGUCAGGUCUACAUCCCGUGUGCCACACAUGGGCGACUGGAGGCUAGACUCGCUCUGGAGCAACUCGCUUUGGAGCAACGGUUUAAAGACCACUCUGGCCCAGGCUGGGAACUAGCGGUUCUAAAGUUGGCUUCGUUUCCAUGGUGUCGGCCGCGGAGCCGUGGGGGCGGGCUCACGCAAGCGCCGAGGAGGCGGGUGGAGGCAGCUGAAAGUGGGUGCGCAGGCGCCUUGAGAGACAGUGAAGCCGGUGGUCGGUGGCCGGGCGGGACCAACAAAGAUGGCGGCGGCCCUUGCGGCGGGAGCGACCUGGGCAACAACUGCGGUUAAAGCUGCAGCCUGGCCCGCAGGGAGGCUGCACGGGGGUAGGAGGGGGUGGCCUUGAGCUGGAGCCUGGCCCCGGCUGGCCUCCCCCGCUGCUUCAACGGGGGACAGGUCCAGCUUGCGGUGUCCACAAUGCCCCAGGCUUCUGAGCACCGCCUGGGCCGGACUCGAGAGCCACCUGUUAAUGUCCAGCCCCGAGUGGGAUCCAAGCUACCAUUUGCACCCCGAGCCCGCAGCAAGGAGCGCCGCAACCCAGCUCCUGGGCCAAACCCCAUGUUACGACCUCUGCCUCCCCGGCCAGGUCCCCCUGAUGAAAGGCUCAAGAAACUGGAGCUUGCCCGGGGACGGACCUCAGGCCCUCGUUCCAGAGGCCCCCUUCGGGCAGAUCAUGGGGUUCCUCUACCUGGCUCACCACCACCAGCCGUGGCACUGCCUCUCCCAUCCCGGACCAACUUAGCCCGUUCCAAGUCUGUGAGCAGUGGAGACUUGCGUCCAAUGGGGAUUGCCUUGGGAGGGCACCGUGGUGCCGGAGAGCUGGGGGCUGCCCUGAGCCGCUUGGCACUCCGGCCUGAGCCACCUACUUUGAGACGCAGCACUUCUCUCCGCCGUCUUGGGGGAUUUUCUGGACCUCCCACCCUGCUCAGCAUACGGACAGAGCCCCCUACUUCCCAUGGCACCUUCCAUAUGCUAUCUGCCCGGCCCUCUGAGCCUUUCUACUCUGAUGACAAGAUGGCUCAUCACACAUUGCUUCUGGGCUCUGGUCAUGUUGGCCUCCGAAAUCUGGGAAAUACAUGCUUCCUGAAUGCUGUGCUACAGUGUUUGAGCAGCACUCGGCCUCUUCGGGACUUCUGUCUUCGAAGGGACUUCCGGCAAGAGGUGCCUGGAGGAGGCCGAGCCCAAGAGCUCACUGAAGCUUUUGCAGAUGUGAUCGGUGCCCUGUGGCACCCCGACUCUUGUGAAGCUGUGAAUCCUACUCGAUUCCGGGCUGUCUUCCAGAAAUAUGUUCCCUCCUUCUCUGGAUACAGCCAGCAGGAUGCCCAAGAGUUCCUGAAACUCCUCAUGGAACGGCUACACCUUGAAAUCAACCGACGAGCCCGCAGGGCUCCACCUAUCCUGGCCAAUGGUCCAGUUCCCUCUCCACCCCGCCGAGGAGGGGCUUUGCUAGAAGAACCUGAGUUAAGUGAUGAUGACCGAGCCAACCUAAUGUGGAAGCGUUACCUGGAGAGAGAGGACAGCAAGAUUGUGGAUCUGUUUGUGGGCCAGUUGAAAAGCUGUCUCAAGUGCCAGGCCUGUGGGUAUCGCUCCACGACCUUCGAGGUUUUUUGUGACCUGUCCCUGCCCAUCCCCAAGAAAGGAUUUGCUGGGGGCAAGGUAUCUCUGCGAGAUUGUUUCAGCCUUUUCACCAAGGAAGAAGAGCUAGAAUCAGAGAAUGCCCCAGUGUGUGAUCGAUGUCGGCAGAAAACACGAAGUACCAAAAAGUUGACAGUACAAAGAUUCCCUCGAAUCCUCGUGCUCCAUCUGAAUCGAUUUUCCACCUCUCGAGGCUCCAUCAAGAAAAGUUCAGUAGGUGUAGACUUCCCAUUGCAGCGACUGAGCCUAGGGGAUUUUGCCAGUGACAAAGCCGGAAGCCCCAUAUACCAGCUGUAUGCCCUUUGCAACCACUCGGGCAGUGUCCACUAUGGCCACUACACAGCCCUGUGCCGGUGCCAGACUGGUUGGCAUGUCUACAAUGACUCUCGCGUCUCCCCCGUCAGUGAAAAUCAGGUGGCAUCCAGUGAGGGCUACGUGCUGUUCUAUCAACUAAUGCAGGAGUCAUCCCGGUGCCUGUGACACCCCCUUUAAGCCCCGGCACCUGAAAACCCCUUCCAACACCCUUAAGCCCCCCAGCCUCCCCAUUUACCUCAGAGACGUCUAUUUUUGUGUCUUUUUAAUCGGGGAGGGGGGAGGGGGUGGUUGUAGCUCCCAUUAUUUUUUUUAUUAAAAAUUACACUUCUACCUGGAGGCUCCCUUGUCUCCCAGCCCCGUGUACAGAGCUCACCAGGCCCUCGACCAUGUACAGCCCCCAGGACCUCUGAAAUCUCACUUUUUGUGAAUAAAUUUAAUAAGAAAGUGA